AGAAACGCACGGGGACUGAGUCCUUUUCAUUGGGGUUAUACGAGCUAUGGAAGAAGCUCGCUGCAUCAACAAUUUUGCCUCCAUCAUGAGGAUUCUAAAAGUAUGAAAUUGAACACGAGCUGCGUCUCCCUAACUGUCACAGACAAUGGAACUAGCUCUAUGCAGCAGUAACAAGCAACUCCGGGGAAAUAACCACAAAGAAAAUAAGACUACCUGCGGAACAACAUUAGUUAGCUACGAAGAGGUGCCUGUAACUAUGCGUGGCUUCAGAGCAACACCGCUUUCAGUGGGAUUUAAAUUAACGAAAGCUUGAGGAAAAUAACCUACUACGUAUGUAUAUAUUUCGUGAAACUACCUUGGGAUUCGGUUAAUGUAGGGCUGUAAACGACGUAGCUAUAGGUGUUUGAACAUUGACAUUGCAACGCAGCACACUUGCGACCAGACAAAAAGAAGAAGAAAAUAAGAAAUUCAAGGACCGUUAAUACCUUCAUUCUGCAAGAAAGCCCAAAGAAUCGCUGCUAUGGAUUGCAUAUAGUAACACUCGGAAAAUAUACAUUUUUUAUUUUUUUAUUUCUUGAGUAACGCUACUGUGCUGAAACUCCAGAAUCCCGUCAGUGCAAUUCAGCCAGCUGCCCGUGUCUCUAUCCAUGGUCCUGAAACGAGUACCCUCACCAAGGGUAUACAAAUUGCUAUCCAUAGUCCGGAUGAAAGGAUUUUCUCGCCUUUUUUGAAUAAUUGUGGUUAGCCUACGCUUUGGAAUCUGAAUUACGCAUCAGAAGAAUUGCUCACCUUGGAGGUGCGGUAUCCAAAACGGAAUUAAUCUCAGUGCAUAUUGCUGUGGCUAUAACUCAUCUAUUCUUACAACACCGGCAAAAUGUACCGAUUUAACGCUCUUGGGAUCUAUUUGUGGGAAACUAUAGUAUUUUUCAGCCUGGCAGCAUCAAAGGAAGCAGCAGCUCGAAAAGCCACCACUCCGAUGCCCCCCUCGGAGUUCCUGGACAAACUCAUGGGAAAAGUGUCAGGUUACGAUGCAAGAAUCAGACCAAAUUUUAAAGACCCACAAGGCACCAAAUCGGAAGCUUCACACAAGAAAGGUCCCCCUGUAAAUGUAACCUGCAACAUAUUUAUUAACAGUUUUGGGUCCAUUGCUGAAACAACAAUGGACUACAGAGUGAACAUAUUCCUGAGACAGCAAUGGAAUGAUCCUCGACUGGCCUACAGUGAGUACCCUGAUGACUCCUUGGACCUGGACCCUUCUAUGUUAGAUUCCAUUUGGAAACCCGAUCUGUUCUUCGCCAAUGAAAAAGGAGCCAAUUUCCAUGGUGUUACCACGGAUAACAAGUUGCUGCGGAUUGCUAAAAACGGGAACGUCCUGUACAGUAUAAGAAUAACAUUGAUUCUGGCCUGCCCUAUGGACCUGAAGAAUUUCCCCAUGGACGUGCAGACCUGCAUUAUGCAGCUGGAGAGCUUCGGCUACACCAUGAACGACCUCAUAUUCGAGUGGGAUGAGAAGGGAGCAGUGCAGGUGGCUGAUGAUCUGACUUUACCUCAGUUUAUACUGAAAGAAGAGAAGGACUUGCGGUACUGCACCAAGCACUACAACACAGGGAAGUUCACCUGCAUUGAAGCCCGGUUCCACCUGGAGAGGCAGAUGGGAUACUACCUGAUCCAGAUGUACAUCCCCAGCCUUCUGAUCGUCAUCCUGUCCUGGGUGUCCUUCUGGAUCAACAUGGACGCCGCUCCAGCACGAGUGGGACUGGGCAUCACCACUGUGCUGACCAUGACCACUCAGAGCUCAGGCUCCAGAGCCUCACUGCCUAAGGUCUCCUAUGUGAAAGCCAUUGACAUCUGGAUGGCGGUGUGCCUGCUCUUUGUGUUCUCUGCGCUGCUGGAGUAUGCCGCCGUCAAUUUCAUCGCCCGGCAACACAAGGAGCUGCUGCGCUUCCGGAGGAGGAGACGACACCUCAAGGAGGACGAGGCUGGGGAGGGCCGCUUCAGCUUCGCCGCCUAUGGCAUGGGCCCAGCUUGCCUGCAGGCCAAGGAUGGCAUGGCCAUCAAGGGCAACAACAACAACGCCCCCGCCUCCGCCAACCCGGCGGAGAAGACCGUGGAGGAGAUGCGCAAGCUCUUCAUCGGCCGCGCCAAGAGAAUCGACACGGUUUCCCGCGUGGCCUUCCCCCUCGUCUUCCUCAUUUUCAAUAUUUUCUACUGGAUCAUAUACAAGAUAAUACGCAGCGAAGACGUGCAUAAGCAGUAAACACUGAAGAGAGGAAAACACAGCCUGUCCGCCUCCCCCCCCUCGACCCGCCCACCUCGCCGUCUGUCCCCUCCCCUCCUGCUCCGCCUUCGUCCACGCUCAUUUGCUUUCCAGUGGCAAUUCCUUGGCAGAGGUAUUUAUCAAUAUUUAUCGUGGGGUUUUACUUUUUCUUCUUCUUUUCCUCCCCUUUUUUUCCUGAAUAAUCCGGACUUGUGCAAUAGCAAUGCAGUAAAAUGCAUGAAAUAUGAAUGUGGCAAUAUAUUUACAAAAGAAAAUUUUAAAAAAGUAAAUAUUAGACUUACAAAACACUGAAGAACUUCUAACCUGGUGGGAGAAAAAAAUGUAUCUGAAGUGAAGGAGAUGCUCUUCCAAGACAAACCCUGCUUUACAAGAAUAAAAAGGGCAAAACCUACAGCACUGUAAUAUAGUACAUAUAAAGUAUUUCUUCAAGGCAAGUCUAUUGGAAAUAGAGGAUUUUUAAAGAUUCUGAGGCAGGUUGGCGCUUCCAACAAUAAAGUGAUGCAAAAGACGACUGGUCGCGUGUCAUAUAUAUAUAUAUAUAUAAAUUUGCUUCAAUAUGUGUAUCAUGAGCACUUGUCAAUGCUUUCCCCCAAUCCCCGGCCAAAACUGCAAAGAUUUUGUGGGUUUGGGUGGAUGAGAUCAGUAACAAGAUGGAGCCUUGAUGAAUGUUGAUCAAACAUACUGUUCAUUAUAGCAGUUGUCUAUGUACGUGUUUGGCCAUUCUUACUUUUAUUUAUUGCUGUGCCAAGUUACAUCGUGUGUGUGUGCGUGUGUGUGUGUGUGUGUGGGUGGGUGUGUGUGUGCGCGAGUGUAUGUGUGUGUUGAAACACUCUACAUUUGCAGUCCAUCCUUGUUUUGAUUUAUGCAUUCAUCUGAAGUAACAUUGCUAAGCAGUAUUUAAGGAUCAUUUCCCGCUUCUUACGAAGUAUUAAAAAGAGGAAGCAAGAAUAUUUCUCCUAAUUAAAUUCCAAAAUAUAUUUACAAAAUAUACUAGCUAUUUUCACUCAUAACUGUAGUUUAGUACCUUUUAAUGCUUGUUCACCUCUUAUAACAUUCUGUAUCUGAGAGCCUAGGUCAUGAUUUGCAAUCUCCAAAAUGGUAACUCACUGAAAAACUAAAAAAUAAUAAUUGUUGUCCAUUUCUGUAUCUAUUUGUAUAACAUAAAUGUACCUCAUCCGCUCAUUGUGAUGAUCAGUAUAUAGGCUUACAUGCACAAAUGUACAAUCCCUUAUGAAAAAGAAAUCUUGUGUUGAAAUGUAUGAUGUGUAAGUUGUGUAUAUAAAGAAAUGGUUUAACACAAAAAAUAAAACAUAGUAGCAAUGUAAUAUAUUUUGAACAUAAAAAGUGUAUCCAGAAUAGAACAGACCACUUAACAUGCAUAGAUAUAAAAUACUUCAUUAAUUCAUGUUGGAAAAUGGUGCAGUGGUCAAUAAUAAUAAUAAUAAUUGUGAGAAAAAAAAAUUCUGUUUUAAGUCACAUUAAAAAUACUUAACACAUUUGAUGUUUAUGUUAAACAGGAGGCUUGUCAAAAAAGCUAUAGACAAAACCCUGCAAAGACAACUCUUUCAUACAAUUAAGGCUGUGUCUGGUUAGAUGGUAACCUCCUGACAAUUUCAGAAUUGGCCCCAAAUGCAAAAUGCACUUUUUUCUGAAUGGGGCCGCUUGGAAAAAGAAGCAAAAUUCCAUAUAGUAUCUGUCUUGAGACCUUUUUUUUACAGCCAGAGGACACAAACCAUUGCAUUUCUUUUUUCAUAAGGGAUUACUAUGCAAUUACUGAUAUAUAUAUAUAUAUAUAAAUAUGCAAUUAUUUUCUGUGUCUGUGAAUCUGUUCCAUUUCACUUACAUUGCAUACAAUAAAUACACUAGUAUUUAGUAACUAUUGGUCUGAAGAACAUUAAUGAUGAUCAUAUCCAGAUACAGAAUGGUUUAUACAAAGUUGUGUGCUUCAUGUUGAUUUUCCGUAAAAGAUUGAGGAGUAAACCCUCUGAUUAAAUAUGUGUGCCACCACUGGCCUUUCGUUUCACGAUCGGAACACAAUAGCUUUUCCCAACACUAUUUUGUAAGUGUAUUCUCUUAAAUCCUCUGAUCAUUGAUGAGACAAAUUUUACUUAUGUUUAUCUAUGCAUGGCAAAUUUAUGCAAUAUUAUAUUUCCAAUUUUUUGGCUAUUUUGUUUAUAAGCUUACAUUUUUGGCCUUUUUACAUUGCAAUGCACUCUGCAUAAAUCUCAUUAUACCAGAGAGUAUACAGUUUAUACAAUACCACCAUAGUUCAGUACUAUAAAAUGUUGUCCUUACUUGUUUUCAGUCAGUUCAGUCUCAUUGUAAUCGUUUAAACAUGAUUUUAUACAGUUGUCAUGUGCAGGGACCUACCAUUUGCCAAAUUCUGUUUUGAAGUGGUUGUUUUCACCUGGCUUAUUUGUAAAACCAAAGAAUUAUUUUCACUAAGUUGUUAUCAUUGUCUUCCUAGCUUGAUAUUGCAAGAUAGAAUAGGAAAAUGCUACACUUGUAAGACAAAUAUAAAUAUUUUUCUUUACCGAUUCUGUUUGCUUUCAUUUUGUAUAUUUUUAUCAAUAUUUAUGUCUUCCAUGUUUCACAUAAAUAUAACUGAGCCUUGGUCUCUCCUGUUGUUCUAAAACAAUCUAUUUAUCUUAACUGAAUUUUUCUGAAAUAUAUAUUUUUCUUUCUUCUUCACCUUAUCUGCCAGCAUCUCUUGCAAUGUGUCACCAUCUGAAAGACAAUACCUGUGAUGUUUUAGUUGAAACCUAGCUAGAAAAAGAACAUCUAUUGUAAGUAACACUAUGGUUGUACAAUUUGGGUAAAACUAUCGAUAUGUGCAUUCAAUAACUGUUCCACAAGAAAGUAAAACAUUUUGUGGGUAAUUUAUUGCUGCACCAAAACUCAAAUUGCCAUUUGACACUGUUGCAGUGUUGCUCUGUUAGAUGCAUUAUUCACAUUUGCACUGUCAUGUGACCAUGAAAAAAGCACAGUUUGUGCCUAACAUUGUGUUCAAUAUUCAGAAAAUUUUGCAUUUCACUCCAUCCAAUCCAUUUAUUCAUUCCAGAACAGUGGUGGAUUGUUCCCAUGCACUGACCUAUUAUAAAAGCAUACAUAUC